UUGUAUCAGUAGAGGUGAAGCGUAACGCAAUCAGGGUAAUUGGAUACGAGUAGAUUAGGGGAAAAAAUCUGAGAAAAAAAGAGAGAAAAAUAUUAAUAAUUACAUGUAUUUUCUUCAAACAGUUAAGCCAAAAAGACCAGUGAUUACUUCAGUCAAACAGACGAAAAAUGAGAACUUUUAUAUUACCUGGAAGACCGACUACCAAGGAGCUUUAUUUGAAGAAUUGAUUCCAGAGCUUACUUACAGUAUCACUGGAAGCAACACCAACGAGACAAAGCCUUUGCGUAAAGGCCUGACAAGUUAUGAGAUUGUGGGCAGAAAUCUUCAGCCUAGUACCAACUACACUGUGUGGGCAAGAGUAAAAUGUGAUCUUAAUCAGAAGUUCAGUGACUACAGUGAGCCGUACAUGUUCAAAACACCCUCAUCUAUACAGGACAUUCUCAAAAUAAUAAUUCCCGUCUUGUGUAUACUUCUGAUUAUCUUUAUAUCCACCAUGUUUUACUGUUACCACAAAAUCCUUUCAGAGUGGUGGGACAAGGUUCCUACUCCAAAAAUAGCUGCUAAUGUUGUAAAACAGGUCCCAAAUUUGCUAUCAUUUCAAAACGAGUUCUCCCCAGUCCAUCUUGACUCUUCAAAACCAGACAGGAUUGGAGAGAAGAUAUGGAUAGGAUCUUCUCAAUUUGAUAUCAUCAGUCAAACUAGUCUCCAGAGUCUUGGGAAAGAUGGUGAUUCAUCACAAGUGAUUUAUGCUCAGACGGGCUAUGAGAGUGUGGAAGGCAACAGCAGUAAAAAUGAUUCUCAGUGUGAGUUUGAAGACGAAUACCACUCAACAGACCUUCCUCAAACAGUAAUGUCCUACAAAAUGUACAAACAUCUGCAACCAAACACAGCUGAGUUUGGUGUCCAAAAUGAGGGAAAGAAAUGUUCUGACAUAGAGAACAAGACCUACAUUAAAACCUUAACUGAUCACUUCAAUCAGAGAAAUGUUUUUUUCCCUACAUUGUUUAAAAACCUAAACCCCCAAAUAGAAACAGACUUCGGGUAUGGCCCAUGUACAGGCUGUUUGGAAUCCACUAACACCGGCUCCACUCCUGUUCAUAAUACACCCUUCGUAACUCAGACUACUUUGGUUCCUGGAUAUCAGAGCGUCACUGAAGUCAUGGAUUGUGGUAACAAAUCUGCGUCAGAUGCAUCUGUCGGCCAGACGUUUCUCCGCUCCCGUGAGGAUGUUGAUCUGAUCAUGAAAAAGCUCAUGUGCAACAAGAAGCCACAGGAUGUUCUAUCCACUGCUUGGGAAAUUAUCCCAGUUGAGAGUGAAUAUAAAGAUGUUCAGAGCUUAUGCAUGAACACAGAAGAACAACACAGCGCCACAGUAAAGCCUUCUUUGCAAAUUUUCCCAAGCAUUGAAAUUGACUGUUCCUAUCAUAGGGUGUGACAUCCUGUGGGAUGUGUGACUGAUAUUUACAGUAAAAAUUACAUUAUCAAGCCAGUAAGAAAAAUGUAAAUUGUAUAAAAAGGUUUAUCAAUUUCAACUGAUUCAAUUUCACUUAUCAGAAAGUUACCACCAUAAAAAAUUAUGUACCACCACAUAUACACCUACGAGGCAUAACAUUAUGACCACUGACAGGUGAAGUGAAUAACACUGAUUAUCACUUCAUCACGGCACCUGUUAGUGGGUGGGAUAUAUUAGACAGCAAGUGAACAUUUUAUCCUCAAAGUUGAUGUGGUAGAAGCAGGAAAAAUGGGCAAGCGUAAGGAUUUGAGCGAGUUUGACAAGGGCCGAAUUGUGAUGGCUAGACGACUGGGUCAGAGCAAAACUGCAGCUCUUGUGGGGUGUUCCCGGUCUGCAGUAGUCAGUAUCUAUCAAAAGUGGUCCAAGGAAGGAACAGUACACACACAUACACACACUCUUGAUUCUAUUGACAAACUGGCAUUUUACAGUAAAGAGUAGCAGGUCUCACAGGCCACAUCAUUGCAUUAACGUAUAGGAAUUAAGUGUCUACUGAAUAAAGAAGCCACAGUAUAAGAACCACUGGUCGAUGACAUAGCUUUUACUUGUAAAUAUGUAUUUAAUAUUAUGUACCCAAUGCCGUCCACUUAUGUAUCUGCAUGUUAGAAAGUGCUACAUUAAAUGUGAAUCUGGCAAGACUGAGUUUGAGUUAAAUUGAUGUUCACAGCUAUUUUAUCUCUGUAGAAUAUUUGCAAGCUUUACAUUUUAUUAUACAAACAACUGAAAUAAAUAGAGAAAAAUGACAAGU